GGCAGGCAGGUCGACUUGUUUUGUUGGAUUUGUCCGUGCAUGGCAUGGCGCACUACGAGACCUUGAAGGUGUCCCCGAAGUCCUCAGCCAAAGAGAUCCGCGAGGCCUACCUGCAAGGAGUUCGACGCUAUCACCCGGACGUCAAGGGGGACCAAAGGAAGUUCCAACGGCUUCAGGAGGCCUACGACGUCCUGGGUGAUCCGCUCCGGCGCCGCGCCUACGACCAGCGCGACGCGGAGCCUGGAAGGGGAACAGCGAGCAGCGCAGGAGGCGACCCGAGGUCGACUCGAUCGAAGACCAGCAAUGCAGGACGGCAGGCCGCGCCAGAGUGGGCCAAGAAGGGACAGAAUGAGGGCCUCAAGGGUUAUCGCUCAACUGGCGGGUGGCGAGUGGCAUUGCCCAAGGCGCUGCGAUGGUACCGGAUG